UUCUCUCAGCUUGAUGAGCCAACAUAAAGGACUCAAUGAUUAAGGAAGCUUGGAGCCUGCAAAACUCCUCACCCAUUUACGUCAACAGCAAACGUUUACAUGUUCAAGACCACUUGUGUGCACACUAAAUGUGGAUUUGAGGAUUGGGUGAUGUCACUUCUUUGUGAUCACCCUUCUCUUUCCCAAAAUGACCCCCUGUUUUUCUGUCUCCCACUCGGGAAGGAUCCCCCACCGGAGAAGGCAUAAAGCCCACGGCUAGGCCCUCCCGGGGCCUGAAGCCUUCAUGGCGUUUUCCAUCACCAGCAGCAACAUGGAGCUGGAGCCGGAGAAGGGGCUGUGUGUCCGCAACAAUAUUGGGGACUGGCGGCUGAAAUACGAAGAGCCGCGGAGCCGCAGAAACUCCAUCCCCCCGGCAAAGAUGCCCACCGCUAAGCACAUGCUGGCAUACCUGCCUCGGCCCCCCACCGAAACAAGCACCUACGGGACCUUUCCCCAGAAGCCCGAAAUGACGGCCAUUCCCAUGGGUCCUUUCAAUGAGGGCCACAAGCAAAUGGAAGCCGCACCCGUAAAGAAAAGUGCCCUUGCGUGCAACUAUGUUUCUGUAUCCUGCAGCUCAAACAUCCCCAACGACAGGUCAGCCCUCCUCCAGAGGAGGCUCAGCACAGUGGAGCAGGCCAGCUACAGCACAGUUGGGCCUCCCAAGCACCGGCCCAGCGUCUCCAUCAACACAGAGGAGCUGCCCAAAUACCAUCGCUCCUCCAGAACUGACCCUCUGCCGCCUUCCGUGUUGCGUGAACUGAAUGCCCGGCUUUAUCCGCAGCAUGCUCUCAGCGCGCCCAACAUUAUCAACUCCGCACGGAGCAAAACCCCGACCCGGAGUGUCAUCUCGGUUCCCACCUCAGACAAAGGGCAGAGCCGGCGCUGCAAACUCAUGGAUGACGACCGGCAGUUUGGUUGGGGCAACAAACAGCAGCGUCAGCGCUACGUGACCAAGGUGGGCAAGUGCCAGGUGAACUUGGGCAACAUUCAGGAAAAGAAGAGGUUCCUGUCGGACAUUUUCACCACCAUUGUGGAUCUCAAGUACCGCUGGUUCCUCUUUGUCUUCAGCAUGUGCUACAUCAUCACCUGGGUGGUCUUUGGCAUCAUAUAUUACUUUGACGCCUGGCUAAGGGACGACGUCAACCAUAUAGGUGACCCCGAGUGGAAGGCUUGCAUCGAGAACAUCGAUAACUUCAUCUCUGCCUUACUGUUCUCUGUGGAAAGUCAACGGACAAUUGGCUACGGUUCUCGGAUUGUGACGGCCAAUUGUUCAGAGGGGGUCAUCUUGCUCAUGGCCCAGUCGAUCAUAGGUUCCAUGAUCGACGCCCUCAUGGUGGGGUGUAUGUUCGUCAAGAUCUCCAGACCCAAGAAGCGUGCCCAGACCUUAAAAUUCAGCAAGAAGUGUGUGAUCUCGCACCGGGAUGAGAAGCUCUGCUUGAUGUUCCGCAUUGGAGACCUCCGGGACAGUCACAUGGUGGACGCAAAAAUAAGAGCCAAGCUCAUCAAGUCCAGGCAAACAAAGGAAGGGGAGUUCAUCCCACUGGAGCAGUCAGAACUGAACCUGGGCUAUGACACGGGGGAGGACCGCCUCUUCCUGGUGGAGCCACAGAUCAUCUGUCACAUCAUCAACGAGCUCAGCCCUUUCUGGGAAAUGUCUGCGGAGGCUUUGAAGAGGGAACAGUUUGAGAUCAUCAUCAUCCUCGAAGGCAUCGUGGAGGCCACAGGCAUGACAUGUCAAGCCCGGACGUCAUACACAGAGGACGAGAUCCUGUGGGGCCACCGAUUUGAGCCCUGCAUGUCCCUGGAAAAAGGCGCCUUCCGCGUGGAUUACACAAGGUUUGAGAAGACGUUCGAAGUCCAGACCCCGGUGACGAGUGCGAGAGAGAUGUACGAACUGCGGGAGAUGGAGAACCAGGACCAGUCCACUCUGAGCUUGUAUUGGGACCAUCUGGUGCACCCUUGCCUUUCGGCAGAGCUCAACAGCGAAGCCCGGCACGGGGAUGGUCCCAGCGAGGAAGCCCUCUCCGGGCUGGGCUUCCCCAACAUCACCGAAGAGGAGAGAAGCAACGAAUACCCGGACCAGGAGGCCAGUGUCUGAGCAAGCCAUUGCUGGAGGAGGUUUCUGCUCAGCCCAGCAGCAGCAAGGAAGAACCCCGUGGUCCUGAGGUUGGUGGGAAAGGGUGCACACUGCUUUUAGGCACCCCGCUUCCUUGUGCAGUGUCAAAGCUUUCCUGGUGGAGCUGUGCAGAAAGUCGGCUGGCCCAAGUGUUAUCUUGCUGGUGCGGACAAAAGCCCACAGAGGUCUUUGUCCUGCUGCCGCCGACUGCUUCAGGGGAACCUUCACAUCCCCUGGCUGUGGGUUUGCUGAGUGACCCUGCUGUCUGUAAAACAAGCUUGCACUAGAACGGAGCUCUUGGGGCUGGACCCCUAUCAGAGCCGCUUGUGUUCCUGAAGAGAUUUCUGACUGGGUGUCCCCGCUUCUGCAAGCAGAAGCCAGAACCUGUCUCUUUGGGCGGUGGGGGUGGGGCAUUACUACUUUUACAGAAGCAUACCCAUCCCUGUCAAAGCUGGGAAGCUGGUGCUGAUCUGCAUUUUUUUCCCCUGCAGCAAAAUAAGCCACGGGAAAAGCUUGGGUGGUCCACAUCAGCAUCCUGGGGGUUGCUCGGGCCUCUGGCCGCCCCAUCUCUAUGCCAUGUACUGCCGGUGCCUGGAGCCGCUGCGUCCCCAGCCACAACUCUGGGCCCAGAGGCGGAAGUGUCUCAUCUUUUUUACAGUGCCAUACAGAACUCUGGUGGAUGUCCCCCCUCCCGCUGCUCCCCCCCCCCCGCCUAGCUGAUCUUGGCCGUUCCCUUUUCUUUGCCUAAUGGGAGCCUUUCACUCCCCUGAACUCAUCUUCUGGUUCCUGUACUGUGGCUGCAGCCAAGUGGAAUUAUUUUUACAUGAUCUUUUGUAACAUGGAGGGGGGUUUCAGCAAUCAAAUAAAGCUUCU